AUCAACUUGUUUUUCUUUAUAUUCUCUCUUCCUUAACUCACUCUCCGUCCAGAUACAUAGUAAAGCAAAGGAAAACAAAUGGCCAUGCACCUGCAGCCAUCCACAAUAACCCUUAACACUGCAAGGUCCCCUCCUUCAUUAGCCCCAACACUCAAUGCUGGCUUGCGACCACAGUUCAACCCUUUAGCUUUGAAGUCGUCUUUCUUCUCUGGUCCCCUUAACCUCUUGUUUCAUCCAAAACAACAACGUGUAACUUCUCCAGCUCCCAGGAUUUCCAUGCGUGUGGCUUCCAAGCAAGCUUAUAUCUGUCGUGAUUGCGGGUAUAUUUACAAUGAGAGGACACCCUUUGAGAAAUUACCCGAUAAAUUCUUCUGUCCGGUUUGUGGUGCUCCAAAAAAAAGGUUUAGGCCCUACGCUCCAGCUGUUGCAAGAAACGCAAAUGAUACAGAUGUAAGAAAGGCAAGGAAAUCCGACAUCCAGAAAGAAGAAGCAACUGGGAAGGCACUUCCAAUUGCAGCUGCUGUGGGAAUUGCAGUGCUUGCAGGAUUAUACUUCUAUCUGAACAACACGUUUUAGGCAGGAUGUUAGAUUCCAUUACCCUUUACUUCAAAAAAUAUAGGCCUCUCAUUUAUUCCUAUUCCUUUGUUAUUUAGUUCAGUUUUACAGGUUUCUAUCUUAUUCCUUCCGUUAAGUUACCAAUAUAUCUGUAUCCCCAACAAUUUGUUUUCAAUGAAUCAGAUUAUAAUCUCUAAA